AUGACUGAAGAAGUGCCUAGCAUUAAAUACACUUUAAUAUCGCCUAACGGUGUGCCUUCGCCAGACCUUUAUUUUGCCUUUACUCGUAAUUUUACUAUCUCUUGUACAAUCGAUAAUUCAGAUAGAGAUUGUGGCGAUUAUAUUACAACAACAAUGAAUUACACCAAUACACCAUUUGACCCCUUUAAUCCACUUGUUGGAUCGUUUUUACCAAAGGGCAAAAUAAUGUUAAGCUCUAGAAAUAUUAGAGCGAAUAAUGUAAACAACCCAUACUUCCUUUUAAUUUCAAUAAACAUCACGGAUCCUUCAUACAAUCCUUACGCUGAUAAUGGACCUAUGUAUAUGUAUGCAUAUGACGCAGGAAGGUAUUCUCACAAAAAAUUUGUAGGAAAUUUUAAAAAUCCGCCACCUCCAUAUGAUAAAUUUGUCAAAUCAAUUUACAGAUUGAAUCAAUAUUAUUAUUCACCGCCCGCUGGACAAUCUGUCAUAACAGUGCUAGGAAUUACUGCAGCUCUUUAUAGUGCUAUUGCAAGCUUUUAUGUAUUUUUAUUUGGAAUGAAUUUAUCUAAGCCAUGGGGCUACUUACAAAAAAUCCGUUGUUUUAGAAGACGAACCAAAAAAGGUCUCUUACCAUUUGUAGUAGGUUCAUUAGCUAACAUUGAAGAAAAAAAUUUUCUUGAAAGAUUAGAAGAGUUAAAACGCUUUUCGGCUGAAGAAAGAGUUGAGCGUUUGGAAAAAAUUACCAUGCUUUUUGAGGAUUAUAUUGUUGACAUUUCAUUAUUAUAUUCCAUUAAAAGCGAACAACAACCAAGAGAAUUUUUACAUCAAGAUCAUGAUGAAACUGAUGAAAUCACCACAGACCAAAGUUGA